AACAGGGAAUGUUAGCCAUGAUUCUAUGUGGUUCAAGAUAUAUGAGGUGAAUGGUAGGGGGUUAAAUCUGUUUUGGAGCAUUGUGAUGAUGGAGGAAGAGGUGGAAAGCAUCCAAGUUUUGAAGGUUUGGGAUAUCAUGGAAGGUAGUCGGAAGCAAUUACAAGUAAUAAAGCGUAUCAGCAAGUUUUAUCGAGGUUACAGUGAGGAAACAAGGGAUCGAUGCAAAGAGAAGUUGUGGGAAAGGGAUUUGGAGGUUCCAAAGAGUUGGUGGAAGGUGGAUAUAUCAGCAAUGAGUUUAACCAAAGAAGAAGCAGGAUCUUCAUGGUCCUGAUGGCAAAAACUGGCACUUGGUUUUUGAACCGCUAUGAUCCUCCAAAAGGCAUGACGACUUCUCAUCUCUACCGGUCUUUAUGAAAGAAAUUAAAAAUAAAAAUCGAUCGUUACGUGUCGGAUUGGUCCCUUGAUCAGUCCUUUAGUUUUAACUGUUUUGUUUUGUGUGUUUUAUGUAUCAACUACUUAUAAGA